AUGUCACUUACCCCAUUGGAAAAAGCGGCAUCUGGUGCAUUGGCCUCGGCUGUUGCAAAUACCUUGGUCUAUCCGUUAGAUUUGAGUAAAGUUAUAAUCCAAACACAAGUUAAGAAACAUCAUCAUCAUAGAAAACCUCACGGUGGUAGUGGUAAUGGUAAUGGUAGUGGUAAUGGUAGCAGUGACUCACUUUCAAGUCCUCCGCAAUCUGAAUUGUCGGAUUUUGAAGAAUCUAUUCUUAGAAGUUCACCCAAAGACUCCAAAACGGGAGAAUUGAAAUACAAAAACACUAUUGAUGUGUUGAGAAAAAUUUACGAAAAGAAAGGUAUAUUAGGAUGGUAUCAUGGUUUGUUUUCAACUGUGAUUGGUACGGCCGCACAGAAUUUUUCUUAUUUUUACUGGUAUUCGAUAGUUAAAAAGGUUUAUGCUAAUUUAUACAAGAACAUUCCAAAUCACAAGGCAAACACAUUAACUGAAUUGUUUCUUGGUGCUGUUGCAGCUGCUAUAUCGCAAUGUUUUACUAUGCCUAUUGGAGUCAUCACUACUCAGCAACAAACCGAUAAACAUCAUAAGAAUUUGCUUCAAUUGAUUAGAGAAAUUUUAGAUCAGGAUGGAGUUUGCGGAUUAUGGAGAGGAUUGCGAGUUUCCUUGGUUUUAUGUAUCAAUCCAUCAAUCACCUAUGGUUCGUAUGAAAGAUUAAAGCAAAUAUUAUAUGGCAACAAGGAAUUUUUGGGUCCAUUGGAAAGUUUCUCGUUGGGAGUCAUUGCCAAAUCAUUGGCAACUUUAGUCACACAACCAUUAAUUGUAUCGAAAGCUAUGAUUCAAAAGAAAGCCAAGAGUAAAGAUAAGAAGAAGAAUAAUUUGGAGGGAGGAAGAAAAGUAGAGGAGGAAGAGGAGGAAGAGGAGGAGGAAGAUGACAUCAAAUUCGACCAUUUCACCGAAGCAUUGGCACAUUUAUGGCACACUGAAAAAUUUAGAGGAUUAUAUAAAGGUAUUGCACCUCAAUUGUUGAAGGGUGUUUUUGUUCAAGGAUUGUUAUUCAUGUUCAAGGAUCAAAUUGACAUUUUAUUUUUAUUUUUGUUAUCGUUGAUUAAAAGAAAAAAACUAGCAAUCAGUAAACACUAG